AUUGUGCUUUCUUUCUGCAAUUUCUUCUUUCAUUUUAUGUGUUCUAAACCGUCACUUUCUUCGUCAUUUUUCACAUUUUAUCAGUUCUACUUUUCAUAAUUCAGUUUAAGCAAUAAAGGAAUGUACUACUUAUAGUGUCUGUAUCGAAGCAGUUUGUCCUGGUCAAGCCAGACGUCUGUUUUCUCUCUAAUAUAACAUGAAUUCCUUUUUCAUUUUAAGGUGAACCAAUGUUCUGAGAUUAUUGAAGUCGCGCUUUACGUUACUUAACUCGGGACUCUCAGCCUAACCACUGACCACUGAAGGUCACAUUAUCCGUUUGGUGGUGAAAACAGCCUCCCUGAUUUACAAACCCAGUACAGAUGUCAUGAUACAUUAAGAAGAUUGCCAUGCAUCAUGGCUCAAACUAGAAGGCUUCCUGUGUACGGGGUCUAUCCACCUUGUAACCAUGCAACGCGAAUGGAAGACUAUCUGGUGCGAGUACGAAGUGAGCGUGCUGAGAGAGCCCGCAAACCAGAUAAACCAGAUGACUUCAUUUGUUACUCAGAUACAGAAGAUGAUGAGGAUUUGCUAGUGAAUAAGUCUAAGUUUAAUACUUCGUUUAAUUUUGUUGAUUAUAUUGUGAGCCGACAAACUGGUCUCAGGGAUUUUCGUUGCUUCAAAUCAAAUUUUGCCUCCGAGUAUAUCUCAACACAUGAGAUGUUUAAAGAAUGGACAAUCCCUCUCACACCGAUGAACAAAGUGUUUAGCUCUCAAUGGCUCAGUGACAGACAAAUAGCAUUUGGGACCAAAUGUUACAAGCUAAUGGUGUAUGACGUAGUGACCCAAAAACUUGACCAAAUCCCUCUACUAGAAGGUCGGAGAGAGUUUCGUUCAGAUUCAAUGGAGGACCAGGGUAUUCACACUCUAGAAAUAAACCCCUCCAGAACCCUCCUGACAACCAUUGGAAACAGCGCGAAUGAGGUAGCAGUUUAUAAGCUCCCCACCCUGGAGCCUGUCUGCAUUGGCGAGAAAGGACAUGAUGAUAUGAUUUUUGAUAUGGUUUGGUUGGACGAUGAAUUUCUCGUCAGCGGUGGAAAAGACACAAAAAUGGCUCUUUGGCGUGUUCCACAAUUUAAAAGAUUCUGCCCAACAACAACACACUACAUGGAACCGUUGGUAGUGAAGACUGUCAAAAAUGCAGACAGGGUCAGGUCCUUAGUUUUCAAUCGCUCGCUCAAUGAAAUUGUCGCUCUUACAUUGAACGGUUUUAUUCAUGUUUGGAAAACAGAGGAAUUCAGACAGAAAAUAACUAGGAAGUUACAAUCUAGUCAAGAGAAUGCUUGUAUGGCCAUGCAUGGUAGCGGAACGGUGUAUGCAAUCGGCAGUAAGUCCUAUACUGCAUUGUUGGAUUCUCGGACCAUCCAACCUAUCCGAAAGAUAGUGUCAAAAAAUAAUGGAUACGGUAUCAGAUCGCUCAGUUUCCAAGGUGACAUGCUUACAAUUGGCACCGGCUUAGGAACAAUAUUGUUCUAUGAUUGGAGAGCGGGUAGAUAUAUAGUAUCCAAAGUUAAUUCUAGUCGAACGAUCUCUCUCAAAACAAGCCGUGGAUUUGUGCAAUUCGCAGACAAUGAUUUUGUGGACCAUGGAUUUCAGCAAAAUCUGAAGUAUCUUCCUGCAAUUUAUACGCACUGCUACGAUUUGUCCGGCGUGCGUCUGUUUGCUGCUGGCGGUCCACUCGAUUCGAAUACCAGUGGCCACUAUGCAGGAUUGUGGCAGUGAGGUAUUUUCAUUAUCCUAACUUUUAUUUGUUUGACUUUUUUUUCUCAAAAUCAGGAAUACUUUACCCUAUAUAAUUAACCACCUACUUUUGAUGCUCAGCAGCAGAUUUUGAAUAUUCAUGUGCACAACAAUCGCAAGAAGAGCAUGAUCCCAGAACCCCAUUUUUUAUGCCCCUCCCUGGAAAAUGUGAAAUGUACUGUAAAAAUUCAAUAGGUUUAUAUCUAGAGCUGUGCGAUUAAUGAAAUGUUAAUUGUAAUUGCGAUUAACUUUUUCAAUCAUAAUUGUAAUCAAAUUGAAAAAUUAAUUGUGAUUGACUCCAUGAAAGUUUGAAUUUGAAAUUUUGUUUGUUUAAAUUUGCGUCACUAGCAUACUUAAAGCCUCUAAUAAAAAUAUUGAAGAGAAAGCACCAGCUUUUGCAGUCUUAUGAGCAAUUCUUCAAGAAUUCAUACAAUUUAACUUCGUUUUUGGUCACAAAAACCAAAAAAAUAAAGAUUACAAAAAUUUGAUCAUUUAUCACUUUUUCCCCAAUUUUAAUGCAAAUCGCGAUUGUAACCAUGAUUAAUUUCGUCAAUUGUAAUCAAAUUAAAAAAUCUUUAAUCCCUCAGCUCUAUUUAUAUCUAAUUGAAUUCUAUUUUUGAUUUGGUAUAAGGACAGUUUUUAAACUUCAAAGAUCAAAAAGUUAAAAAGAAAAAAAAUUCACAUAAAGAAAGUAUGGAUCCUUUAUUGCCCGUUAUGAUUUAGUUUGCUACAAAAGAGGAGCAAUUAUAUGUUUUUGAUGAAAAAUUUAGUUUUGAAUUUGUGAAGUGCAGGAGUUGCCAUAACUCCUCGUAACUUUUACUACAUUCUUCCUAAUUAUAUACCAAGUGGAAAAAUAGAUGACUUAAUUCGAAACUCUCCUUGGUCUUCAAAUAAUUCAACUUAACAGGGUUUUAAUGAAUCCUAAAAAAAUUUGUUCAGUAUCUCAAGCCCGAUUGUUUUCACAUUGAUAAAUUAUCAGUAAGUAAGUGAAAAAAAUUUUAUCGUUCAAUAAUCCAUGUUGCAGUGAUGGUUUGGUCUCAUUUACCUAUUUAUCAAUAAUGCUCAUUUUGUGACGUUGCUGUCACAACAAAAAGUAAUCAACCGGGCACAGAGCAUUACUUGAUGUGCUGCAUCAAGUCGCAUGAUGGGCUUUUCCAUUCAAAGUGCCAUGAAAAUUUAGACCCAUCGUUUUUCCCCGUCAAAGAAAUGGUCAAUAAUUUGUUGUAUUUAUAACUUAAAAUUGUCUGUAAAUCUGCCUACAAUUAGUUGUUCACUAUCCUGUUCACUCUUGUAAAUUUUAUCUGGCUGUGUGACCUGCUCUGUGGACUUAUGCCUAGUUCUACCACCUCUUGUUAAAUUUAACCUCCUGAGGAAGCCAAACUUCCAAUGCUUUUUCUUCGGAUU